ACCAGUGCCCCCUUAUAUCAGGUGUUCCUAACAGAGUCCCUCCUUAUAUCAGGAGUUCUUCUUAGAGUUCCUCCUUACAUCAAAGUUCCUAUAACAGUCCCUCCUUACAUCAGGUGUCCUCACCAGAGUGCCCCUUACAUCAACUGUCCUCACCACAGUGCCCCUUGCAUCAACUGUCCGCAUCAGAGUUUGCCCCUUGCAUCAACUGUCCGCAUCAGAGUGUGCCCCUUGCAUCAACUGUCCGCAUCAGAGUGCCCCCUUACAUCAACUGUCCUCACCAGAGAGUGCCCCUUGCAUCAACUGUCCCCAUCAGAGUGUCCCCUUACAUCAACUGUCCGCAUCAGAGUGUCCCCUUACAUCAACUGUACACAUCAGAGUGUGCCCUUACAUCAACUGUCCCCAUCAGAGUGUGCCCUUACAUCAACUGUCCCCAUCAGAGUCCCCCCUACAUCAACUGUCCUCACCAGAGUGCCCCUUACAUCAACUGUCCCCAUCAGAGUGUGCCCUUACAUCAACUGUCCCCAUCAGAGUGUACCCUUACAUCAACUGUCCCCAUCAGAGUGUCCCCUUACAUCAACUGUCCACAUCAGAGUAUCCCCCUUA